AAUUUACAACAGGAAAUUAAGGGGAAAUGGGAGGUUUUUGAAAAUGGGAGUCUGGGCUUCAUAUGCAUUAUAUAAGUCAAGCAAGUUUGAAAGAUUCAUAUCUACUUAUUUUGUAUGCUCUUUCACACUACGUUUGGACAAGGCCAUUGACGAUUCAGCUGACUGCAAAAUAUAGCAAGAAUCUUUCUUUUGUCUGAAUGGGAGCACUUCUCCUUUCCUCUACUACAAUGAAGACUAUUGUGUUUGCUUUGCUAGCAGUGGCUGUGGCUUGUUGCACAGAUUAUAAAAUCAUUGGAGGUUAUGAAUGUUCGGCCAACUCCCAGCCCUGGCAAGCCUACCUUACUGAUAAUGGCGAACGCUGGUGUGGAGGAUCUCUGAUUAAUGAAAGAUGGGUUGUUUCUGCUGCUCACUGCAAGAUUCCAGCUUCUAAUCUUACUGUCCACCUGGGAGAGCACAACAUAACCACUGAAGAAGGUACAGAGCAGAGGAUUGGGACAGAGAAAAUGAUUCCUCACCCGGACUAUAAUGAUCUGCCAUUAAACAAUGAUUUCAUGCUGAUCAAGCUGAAGGAGCCUGCCAUCUUUAACGAAUAUGUAAAGCCAAUCCCUCUGGCGACCAAUUGCUCUUCUGCAGGGGAGCAGUGCUUGGUUUCUGGAUGGGGCGAUCAGAUCACCACUGGAGUUGACUAUGCUUCUGUGCUGCAGUGUUUGAAUUUGCCUGUACUGUCAAGGUCACAGUGUGAGGGUGCAUAUGGAUGGCAAAUAACUGAAAACAUGUUCUGUGCUGGAUUCAUGGAGGGAGGCAAAGACUCAUGUCAGGGUGAUUCUGGCGGUCCUGUGGUGUGCAAUGGGGAACUGCGAGGAGUUGUUUCAUGGGGCUAUGGCUGUGCUCAGCCUGACUAUCCUGGGGUUUAUGUUGAGGUGUGUCGCUACACUGACUGGGUCAAGUCCACCAUAGACAACAAUUAACUGUUUGUUUAGCCUGCAUGGCUGACAGAAUCAUUUUCCUUUUUUCCUGAAAUAUCUACAAUUAAAUUCAGCUUGAAACAUG